GGCGGGAUGGUGAGCGCCCAGCGCGGGGCGAGCCGCGCCUGAGAAGGCGAGGGCUGCGGGCGGACGCUCCCGGCGCCCCGUGCCCGCCGGCCGCUGGAACGCCCAGAGCCGCUCGCCCAGGUCCAGCCCGGACGCCCCUCAGCCUCCACGUUGGGCUCGAUUCCUCGGCGGCCGCUGCGCUGGCCGGCUCCCUCCGGGAGGGAGCGGGGCAACCUUGACGGGCUUUUUGUCUCGUGCCCUGGCCGCUCUUCGCGUCCUCCUCCUCCAGAUGCCUUUCUUCUGCCCCUCCUCUCCGGUGCAGACACUGCCAGCGCCGGCUGCGGCUCUGCGCGGGAUUUGGGCUCGUUUCCCCUGGGGGCUUUUGAGGAAGGAGAGUCCUUCCCCCUCUUCGAUGGGAUUUUCCACCCUUGCCGAAAUGGACUUUCAUUGAUUUCGUCCUACUUCUACGUUUAGUGACCAAUUCCCUAGGCGUAUUUGUGGUACUUCCCUUUUUCCCCCCUCCCGAACAUAUAAUCUGUAAAAUGGAGAACGAAAUCUUUACUCCCCUUCUGGAGCAAUUCAUGACCAGCCCCUUGGUCACUUGGGUUAAAACGUUUGGACCUCUGGCUGCAGGAAAUGGGACCAACCUGGAUGAAUAUGUGGCUUUGGUGGAUGGGGUAUUCUUGAACCAGGUCAUGCUCCAAAUUAAUCCUAAAUCGGAGAGUCAGAGAGUAAAUAAAAAAGUCAAUAAUGAUGCUUCACUUAGAAUUCAUAAUCUAUCCAUUUUGGUGAAACAGAUAAAGUUUUAUUAUCAGGAGACUUUGCAGCAGUUGAUUAUGAUGUCAUUGCCAAAUGUCUUAAUCAUUGGCAAAAAUCCCUUUUCUGAACAAGGCACAGAAGAAGUUAAGAAGUUGCUUUUACUCUUACUGGGUUGUGCAGUUCAGUGUCAGAAAAAGGAAGAAUUUAUCGAACGAAUUCAAGGUUUAGAUUUUGAUACAAAAGCAGCAGUUGCCGCACAUAUUCAAGAGGUAACUCAUAAUCAGGAAAAUGUGUUUGAUCUGCAAUGGAUGGAGGUGACAGAUAUGUCUCAGGAAGAUAUAGAACCACUCUUGAAGAAUAUGGUAUCACAUCUAAAAAGACUGAUAGAUGAGAGAGAUGAGCAUUCAGAGACUAUCGUAGAGCUCUCUGAAGAGCGAGAUGGUCUUCAUUUUCUACCGCAUGCCUCUUCAUCUGCACAGUCACCCUGUGGUUCUCCUGGCAUGAAGCGAACAGAAAGUCGACAGCACCUCUCAGUGGAACUGGCUGAUGCUAAGGCCAAGAUCCGAAGACUGAGGCAGGAAUUGGAAGAAAAGACUGAGCAGUUAUUGGACUGUAAACAAGAACUUGAACAAAUAGAAAUGGAAUUGAAGAGGCUACAACAAGAGAACAUGAAUUUGCUGUCAGAUGCUCGAUCUGCUCGAAUGUACCGAGAUGAAUUGGAUGCACUUCGAGAGAAGGCAGUCCGAGUGGAUAAGCUUGAAAGUGAACUCAGCAGAUACAAAGAGAGACUUCAUGACAUUGAAUUUUAUAAGGCAAGAGUUGAGGAAUUAAAAGAAGAUAAUCAAGUUUUAUUAGAAACAAAAACCAUGUUGGAAGACCAACUAGAAGGAACACGAGCUCGUUCUGACAAAUUACAUGAACUAGAAAAAGAGAAUUUACAACUAAAGGCUAAAUUGCAUGAUAUGGAAAUGGAACGAGAUAUGGAUAGAAAGAAGAUUGAAGAAUUAAUGGAAGAAAAUAUGACUUUGGAAAUGGCACAGAAACAAAGUAUGGAUGAGUCAUUACAUCUUGGCUGGGAACUAGAACAAAUAUCCAGAACUAGUGAACUUGCUGAAGCACCACAGAAAUCCUUGGGCCAUGAGGUAAAUGAGUUGACAUCCAGUAAGUUAUUAAAGUUGGAGAUGGAAAACCAAAGUUUGACAAAAACUGUAGAAGAGCUUCGGAGUACUAUGGACUCUGCAGAAGGCAGCACUUCCAAAAUCCUAAAAAUUGAAAAAGAAAACCAGAGACUGAAUAAAAAGGUUGAAAUUCUUGAAAAUGAAAUUAUUCAAGAAAAGCGAAGUCUUCAAAAUUGUCAAAAUUUAAGCAAGGAUCUAAUGAAAGAAAAAGCUCAGCUUGAAAAAACAAUUGAAACACUCAGAGAAAAUUCAGAGAGGCAGAUUAAAAUAUUGGAGCAGGAAAAUGAACAUCUGAAUCAAACUGUAUCUUCCUUACGACAGCGCUCCCAGAUUAGUGCUGAGGCAAGGGUGAAAGACAUUGAAAAGGAAAAUAAAAUUCUUCAUGAGUCUAUCAAAGAAACAAGUGGAAAACUAAGCAAGGUUGAAUUUGAAAAAAGACAAAUGAAAAAAGAAUUGGAGCAUUAUAAAGAGAAAGGAGAGCGAGCAGAAGAACUGGAAAAUGAGUUGCAUCAUCUUGGAAAAGAAAAUGAAUUGUUACAGAAGAAGAUAACUAAUUUAAAGAUUACUUGUGAAAAAAUCGAGGCAUUAGAACAAGAAAAUUCCGAGCUAGAAAGAGAAAAUAGAAAAUUAAAAAAAACUUUGGAUAGCUUUAAAAACCUUACUUUUCAGUUAGAAUCCCUAGAAAAGGAGAAUUCCCAACUUGAUGAAGAAAACUUAGAGCUGCGAAGGAGUGUGGAGUCUCUGAAGUGUGCGAGCAUGAAAAUGGCACAGCUCCAGCUGGAGAACAAGGAGCUGGAGAGUGAGAAGGAGCAGCUCAAGAAGGGCCUGGAGCUCAUGAAAGCCUCCUUCAAGAAGACAGAGCGCUUGGAAGUGAGCUACCAGGGGCUUGACACAGAAAACCACAGGCUACAGAAAGCUCUAGAAAAUAGCAAUAAAAAAAUCCAACAGUUAGAGAGUGAGCUACAAGACUUAGAGAUGGAAAAUCAAACAUUACAAAAAAACCUGGAAGAACUGAAAAUAUCUAGCAAAAGACUUGAACAAUUAGAAAAAGAAAAUAAAUCAUUAGAACAGGAAACUUCUCAACUCGAAAAGGACAAGAAACAAUUGGAGAAGGAAAAUAAGAGACUCCGACAACAAGCAGAGAUAAAAGAUACCACACUAGAAGAAAAUAAUGUGAAAAUUGGAAAUUUGGAAAAAGAAAACAAAACUUUAUUUAAAGAAAUUAAUAUAUAUAAAGAGUCCUGUGUUCGUCUGAAAGAACUAGAAAAAGAAAACAAGGAGCUUGUGAAAAGAGCAACUAUUGAUAUUAAAACUUUGGUUACAUUACGUGAGGACUUAGUAAGUGAAAAAUUGAAGACGCAACAAAUGAACAAUGAUCUCGAAAAAUUAACACAUGAGCUUGAGAAGAUAGGUUUAAAUAAAGAGCGACUCUUACAUGAUGAACAAAGUACUGAUGACAGUAGGUACAAACUUUUGGAAUCAAAAUUAGAAUCCACUCUUAAGAAGUCCCUUGAAAUAAAAGAAGAAAAAAUUGCCGCUUUAGAAGCUCGGUUGGAAGAGUCUACAAAUUAUAACCAACAGUUGCGCCAAGAACUAAAAACAGUGAAAAAAAAUUAUGAAGCUCUCAAACAGAGACAAGAUGAGGAAACGAUGGUGCAGAGCUCCCCUCCUGUCUCUGGGGAAGAUAAUAAAUGGGAGCGAGAAAGUCAAGAAACGACCAGAGAACUCCUGAAAGUUAAAGACAGGUUAAUCGAAGUAGAAAGAAAUAAUGCUACGCUGCAGGCAGAGAAGCAAGCGCUGAAGACUCAACUGAAGCAGCUUGAGACGCAGAACAGUAACUUGCAGGCUCAGAUUCUUGCACUUCAGAGGCAGACAGUGUCAUUACAGGAGCAGAAUACCACUCUUCAAACACAGAAUGCCAAACUUCAGGUUGAAAAUUCCACCCUUAAUUCACAAAGUACUUCACUUAUGAACCAGAAUGCACAGCUUCUAAUCCAACAGUCUUCUUUAGAAAAUGAAAAUGAAUCUAUAAUCAAAGAACGAGAAGACUUGAAAUCUCUUUAUGAUUCUCUGAUAAAAGAUCAUGAAAAGCUAGAACUUCUUCAUGAACGGCAGGCUUCAGACUAUGAAUCUCUCAUCUCUAAACAUGGAACCCUAAAGUCUGCCCACAAGAAUCUUGAGGUGGAACAUAAAGACCUUGAAGACCGUUACAAUCAGUUAUUAAAACAGAAAGGACAAUUGGAAGAUUUAGAAAAAAUGAUCAAAAUGGAACAAGAAAAAAUGCUGCUUGAAAGCAAAAACCAUGAGAUGGUAGCUGCAGAAUACAAGAAACUUUGUGGUGAAAAUGAUAGGUUAAAUCAUACAUAUUGUCAACUUCUAAAAGAAACUGAAAUUUUACAAACUGACCAUAAAAAUUUGAAAAGUCUUUUAAAUAAUUCUAAAUUGGAACAAACAAGAUUAGAAGCUGAAUUUUCAAAGCUAAAGGAGCAGUAUCAGCAACUGGAUAUCACAUCUACCAAGCUAAAUAACCAGUGUGAGUUGCUUAGCCAACUUAAAGGAAAUUUAGAAGAAGAAAAUCGUCACCUAUUGGAUCAGAUCCAGACACUGAUGCUACAGAACAGAACGCUGCUGGAACAAAACAUGGAGAGCAAGGAUCUCUUUCAUGUUGAACAAAGACAGUACAUUGAUAAAUUAAAUGAAUUGAGACGACAAAAAGAGAAAUUAGAAGAGAAAAUUAUGGAUCAAUACAAAUUUUAUGACCCAUCUCCUCCUAGAAGGAGAGGCAACUGGAUUACUCUAAAAAUGAGAAAAUUGAUAAAGUCCAAGAAAGAUAUUAAUCGGGAACGUCAGAAGUCUCUAACAUUAACACCUACCCGCUCAGACUCCAGUGAAGGAUUUCUUCAGCUGCCUCAUCAAGACAGUCAAGAUAGCUCUUCAGUAGGGUCAAACUCUUUAGAAGAUGGCCAAACCCUGGGGACCAAGAAGAGCAGCAUGGUUGCACUGAAAAGACUGCCCUUUUUGAGGAACAGACCGAAGGAUAAAGACAAAAUGAAGGCCUGCUACCGUCGUUCCAUGUCCAUGAAUGACCUGGUGCAGUCCAUGGUCCUAGCAGGAGGACAGUGGACAGGUAGUACUGAAAAUUUGGAGGUCCCUGAUGAUCUUCCAACGGGUAAAAGGAGAAAAGAAUUGGGAGCUCUGGCCUUCUCCACCACAGCCGUCAACUUCUCAACUGUCAGCUCUUCUGCAGCCUUCAGGUCCAAGCAGUUGGUUAAUAAUAAAGAUACUACAUCCUUUGAAGACGUAAGUCCACAGGGUAUCAGUGAUGAUUCUAGUACGGGAUCAAGAGUUCAUGCGUCAAGACCAGCCAGCCUUGAUAGUGGCAGAACGUCCACUAGCAAUAGCAAUAAUAAUGCUUCACUCCAUGAAGUCAAAGCAGGUGCAGUUAAUAACCAAAGCAGGCCACAAAGCCACAGCAGUGGAGAAUUUAGUCUGCUUCAUGAUCAUGAGACUUGGUCCAGCAGUGGUAGCAGUCCAAUCCAGUAUUUGAAAAGGCAGACCAGGUCAAGUCCUAUGCUCCAACACAAAAUGUCUGAAACAGUAGAAAGUCGAGCACAUCACAAGAUUAAAGCUGGUUCCCCAGGAAGUGAAGUUGUUACUCUACAACAGUUUUUGGAAGAAAGCAACAAGCUUACCUCAAUACAGUUGAAGUCCUCAAGUCAAGAAAAUCUUUUAGAUGAAGUCAUGAAAAGUUUGUCUGUCUCUUCCGACUUUCUGGGAAAAGACAAGCCAGUUAGCUGUGCCCUGGCCAGGUCAGUAAGUGGAAAAACUCCAGGGGACUUCUAUGAUAGACGGACAACUAAACCUGAAUUUUUGAGACCUGGUCCUCGAAAGACUGAAGAUGCCUACUCCAUUAGUUCUGCAGGGAAACCUACACCAAGCACUCAAGGAAAGAUAAAACUAGUCAAAGAAACCUCUGUGUCCAGACAAUCAAAAGAUAGCAAUCCUUAUGCCACUUUACCUCGUGCAAGCAGUGUGAUCUCUACUGCUGAAGGAACAACACGAAGGACCAGCAUCCAUGAUCUUUUGACCAAGGACAGUAGACUGCCUGUGUCCGUUGAUUCAGCACCACCUACUGCUGAGAGCAGCAUCACUGCAGCCUCUAAUGUGAACAAAGUACAAGAGAACAGAAAUUCAAAAAGCAGGUCUAGGGAGCAACAAAGCUCCUAAUUCAGUGACCCACUGCAUGACGUGGGCCAAGUGAGAGAAAAGUGUCCUUCAGUUUCUCAGUAUGAAGACUUUAUUUCUGAAGUAACAAGACACCUAACAACUGUAGGAACUAUUUAAAAAAAAAACCAUAAGGAGAUUUUAACACAUCCCUUCGUGAAUAGAGCAGGCAAGAAUACAAACUUCAUUCCUUCCUUGAAUCAAGGAGCACUACUGGAUUCAACUGCCAGAAGUUUUAGAAGGUUUUUAGACACUGUACAGUUCAUUAAGCUCUACUGAAUAAAGGACAUUCUCUCACUAAGGACUGAGUGUUUUAAGGUCAAGUAUUCUAAGAACAGCCUACUUCUUUCAACAUUUGUUUAUUAAUUUAUCCAUGUUUGCUUACUGCUUCUGCUAAGUAUUACCCAAAAGCUAGCCAUUUAUAUUUAGUUGUGUAAAUCUAAAUUAAGUGCUGUAGUAUUUUGUGAAAUGUACUAUAUCAAGAUACAGAGAAAAUUGUUCUGGCAUGUCAGGGCCUUUUUGGUUAGCAGACUGCAUGUGUUGGUACGCUGGUUAUUGUUUUUAGAGCCAACUGUUUGGAUGCACUGCAAAAGAAACUCAAUUCAUAAGAUAUGAAGAAAAUUCCAUAAUGAGAUAUAGGAAUUAUAAAAAUGGUAUGAUACUAAUCUUACCACUUUCUCCGCUAAGCUGCACUAGGCAUUCAUAAAUGGAUCCAAGAUAAAAUCAUUUUUAUGAAACUUUUUUUAGUGAGAUGGUUUUCCGGAAAAUAGCCUUCCCAAGAUAAAGCAGUUGUGUUGUAGCUCAUUUCCCUUUGCUGUUGGGUUAUGUACAUGUUUUUACGUGAGAGCUGAUUAUUGCUUAACAAGUUUUCUUAUGGCAAAACAAUGUAAAUCAUUUCUAUAUCUACAUUUUUUCAGGAACUCAUUUACUAUUAAGGUUGCCAUUUAUUACUAAGACUUUUUCUGUUUUUGUCCUUUAUAAUAUUAUAUUAAACUUGAUAACUUAUAGGUAAUUUUGAAAUAUUUGUAUGUGUUUGUUACCUUAAAUAUUUGAAAAAAGCACAAAAAAGUAGAUUUAGUUAAACCAGAGAAACACCAGUUUUUUAGUAGUAGCAAUUUUAUAUCACAGUUUUAUUUUCUUAUGAAGCCCAAAAAACACAUUGCUACUCAUUAAGGCAAGUUCAUUAUUUAACAUAAAAACCAGAAUAAUUUUUUGAAAUUAAAAAAAAAAACAAUUUUUAUUUUAACAGUAUACUUCUUAAGCUCUUACUACCAGCUCUGAAGAACUUUUUGGAAUAAUUACAUAUUCCAUAAUAGGUGUUUUACAGUGUCAUCACUAACCCAGUAGCCGUGACAAAAGUCUCUUUUCCUUGUCCCCCCUUCCUCUUUUUAUCUCCCCACUGUCUCUGUAAUAGGCCACUAGAAGGCUGUAAUAUAACCACCUUUGGAAAGACUAUCAAUAAAAAAGACACAAAAUGUUUAGUUGACCAGAAAUUUAAAGUUAGAGAACUUGGAUUUAUUUAAUUCAGUGUUGCCGUAAUGUAGGCUUUGCCAGAAAAUAAUGCUAUAAAAUUAAAUCACUUUAAAACUCUUGAAUGAAAGGUGCUAUAUAUAUGUAAAUACAAAGGAGUCUUACUGAAACACAUGUUGCACAACAGAAGUACUAAAAAUUCUCUAGACUUUGUAAUCUCUCUGCAUCAUGACCCCUUGGAUUCAAGUAUCAAUUGGUAAAUGGGUAUCAUGGCAGUCUAGAGACAUUUGCAUGUAAAAUAUGUAAAUUCACUUUUGAUUGAGAAGUUGAGAGUAAGUGUAGAACUAUGUUUUAGCUAAAAAUAGUAAGUGGGUAAGUUAGAUUUAUAUUACUAGCAUCCAAUUUGCACAAUUAGCACACAUCCCAGGACAGUUAAUGAGUGUGAGUGGGAAUGCAGUUUGACCUCUCUACUAACAUCCUAAAACAGAGCCUGCCAAGUUAACAGCACUUCCACUUCAGCUGAAAACCUGCAGUGGAUUAAAGUGCAGUAGGCUGACCCUAAAAAGAAAAAAAGAGAGAAACCAAGGGAAUACAAUGAGACUAUUAAAAUAUUCAUGGUUAUAUUCAUUACCUUCCUCAUACUGUUUCAAGAAAGGACUAAACGAUGACCAAGUAAAUUUUUUUUUCUUCAAAAUCUACUUAAGAAGCAGACUUUGUAGGAAGCUAAGCCAAAUGGAAGUGAACCAGAGCUGUUUUUCUAAACAGGCUUAAACCUGCCUUUAGUUAUUUGGUCCUUUCUAUUCCGUAACCAGCCCCUAAACCUCUAAGAACACUUAAAAAAUCAGACUACCAGCACUAGCCCAGAACUCUAGUAAUAUGCCUCCUGGCUGGCUAUGGCAAUGUUUUGAUCCAAGUUUUUUUGAGUUGGUGGUUACCAAAGAGUUCACAGGACAGGUUCAUGUGUAGCACCUUUCAUGCAAGGCAUGUUAAAAGCCUAUUUAAAAAUCACUGUGUGUAUUAUAGAAUUGUAGCCACCUCACAAAUGGAAUACUACAGCCUUUACUGUCUUUAACAGUUUAUGUCAGGAAGUGAAAUCAAUACUGUACCAAAUCUGGAAUUAUAAUGGGGAAUUAUGUAUUCUAAAUUACUUCUGUUCUUUAAGUUACUUUUUAUGAGAAAGGUGAAUUGUUUUCUUUACAGCUAUUUGUCCUGAGAUGUAUUUUUUUCUUUAAGUCUUGAAUAUGAAUACUACAAAAAGAGCCCAUUUUAUAAUAUAAACCUUGAUGUACACAUUGAGCUAUUUGGACAGUGAAAAUGCCUUAAGAGGAAUGCUUAAUGGAUAAUGUUGCACUUGUAACAUCCUUUGACAAAAUCUGAUUUUAAAUUGUCGUUUUUGUUUCUACUAGUUUUUUUUUCAGUGUUUGCCAUUGUACUCACAACUGUUAUUAAAUACCAAAUCAAAUAAAAAGCUGUAACAUUUCCUUUAAAAUUAAUGCUAAUAAGGGAGGUAGAGUUGAAUGGCAAAACAAUUUUACUUAGUGGUGCCUAAUAUGAGCCACAAGAGUCCAUGCAUGACAAGAUACCAUUGUUUGAAUUGUCUUUUAUAGUCACUUUUUUUUAAUUUUUUUACCUUUGAUUCUCCUUCAAAAUAUAUAUGCUGGAUUAACUGAUAUAAAAAGAAAUAAAAAAGGUAAAUUUUUUAAACGAAUUGUUAUAAUCAUUUUUAAAUUGUAUAUUAGCCAAGUGUUACUCUUUGCCCUGGAAAACUAUUUUCAGUUUUUAUGUAUUUUAUCCUAAUUUUUGGUUAUUAAGAGGUUUGGGGGGGAGAGUCAAUUUUGUCAAUGCUAAAAUAUGUUUAAAUGCAAUCUAUAGUAGUUUCCCUUAUCUGAGAAGGGGUAUGUGCUAACACUCCCGGUGAAUGCCUGAAACGACUGGGUUUUUUUGUUUGUUUGUUUUGUUUUUCCCAUAUACAUUAAUACUAAAAGCUUAGAUCAUAAGUUAGGCACAGUAAGAGUAACUAUAGUCGCUAAUAAUAAAAUAGAACUAUAACAAUA